AUGGAGGGUCUCCCACGAGAAAUUGCUACAGAUAUACUAUCAAGACUGCCUAUAACAUCUUUAGCUAACGUAAAGUUUGUUUGCCGAUCAUGGCGCAAAUUAUUACAAGACCCUCUUCUUGUCUAUAUGCUUCUUCUUCGAACCACAAAAAAUGAUCCAUAUCUAAUCUUACACAGCGUCGAACCUAACAAACUCUACGUUGCAGAUUUUUCUUCUGAUGGAGACAAAAUUGAGGUUGUCAAGCAACUCCGCGUACCAACCUUGCCUGAGUUUUAUGUGGCAGCUUCAUGUAAUGGUUUGCUAUGCUUAUGUGAUUCAUCGCACAACAGCAAACUCUUCAUAUACAACCCUAUUACGAUGGAUGCUUUGGAGCUCCCAGAUUCUGCACAGUAUCCUAAUCAGCAGGUGGUGAUUGGAUUUGGUUUUUCCUCCAUGGAGAAUGAUUACAAAGUUGUUAAGAUUGUGUAUUAUAGCCACAGAGGAAUGAUCCGUCCCUCUGGAACUAAUUUCCCACAAUCAAGCGUUGAAAUUCUGAACCUUCGCAGCCUCACCUGGAGAAGUUUAGGAGAAAUUCCUUACCAAAUAUUUGGUAAGCGGCCAUCACAGACGCUGGUCAACGGGAGACUAAAUUGGGCAACUUGGCCUAUAUACCAGCACAGUUCAGCUCGGUUGAUUGUCUCGUUUGACCUAUCAGAUGAGAAGUUUUAUGAGGAAUAUAAUGUGAAGGAAUCUUGGAUUAAUCCAUACAACAUAGAUAUCGUGGAACAAUCCUUCGAGAAUUCAGUGUUACACUUAAAACGUUCAUAUGCUCGAGUUAUAUGCCUUCUGAAGAAUGGUGAGAUCUUGUUGGAGAUGACAAUCACAAGAGCUUUGUUUAGUUUUGACCCAAAAUCUGAAACCUUUAAGCAUCUUCCAUUACAUGAAUUACCAAGAUGGUAUGAAGCCACUGUUCAUACGGGGAGUCUCCAUUGGAUUGAUACACAUAUGCAUGGUUGCUGCUUGAUGCAGGAUCAUGCUUGA